UGGCCAGCUAUAGAGCAAUUCAGCUAAGCACUUCCAUUCAUUUGCCUACUGCACUGUUCCAGUGCAGGCUGAGCCGGGAGAAUCAUUUUUUGUCAUUCUGCUAUUGUCCCUUCUUUUCUGCAUUAAGAUGUAUUUAUUAUGGACAAGCCUGGUGCUGUGUGCAAGUCUUCUGCUUCCUUUACACUCUCAGCCUGAAAACCAGAAGGUAAAGCAGAGAAGCCUGCGGCAAAAGGAGCUGGAUAUCAUAGAGAGAUAUAAUGGAAUGUGUGUUCAAGGAGCUAUGGGCCCUCCUGGCCGAGAUGGAACGCCUGGUGUAAAUGGGAUACCUGGGACUCCUGGAAUUCCUGGCCGUGAUGGAGCAAAAGGAGAAAAAGGGGAAUGCAUGAAGGAAAGCCUGGAAGAGUCCUGGACUCCAAACUUCAAGCAAUGUGCCUGGAGUGCCUUAAACUAUGGGAUAGACCUUGGCAAGAUUGCGGAAUGUACAUUUACAAAAAUGCGAUCCCACAGUGCACUGCGGGUGGUGUUCAGUGGAUCCCUGCGUCUCAAGUGUAAGACGGCUUGCUGCCAGCGGUGGUACUUCACUUUUAAUGGAGCUGAAUGCGCUGGGCCUCUACCCAUCGAGGCCAUUAUUUACUUAGACCAAGGAAGCCCGGAAUUUAAUUCCACAAUUAAUAUUCAUCGAACAUCAACUGUGGAAGGGCUGUGUGAAGGAAUCAGCGCUGGACUGGUGGAUGUCGCCGUCUGGGUGGGAACCUGCUCAGACUAUCCAAGAGGAGACGCUUCUACUGGGUGGAACUCUGUGUCACGGGUCAUCAUAGAGGAGUUGCCAAAAUAAACCCCUAUUCCUCCCCUUAUCCAAACACAAACCGCAAACUGUUUUAUUGGGUAGAGCAAACGAUAUUCCUUUUUUCAGAUAAAAAACACUUUUAUAGGUACUGUAUAAACAAGAGAGUGGUGCUUUUUAGGAGUGUAUUUAUGCAAAAGCAUACCCCAUUUAUCUUUUAUUAUCAUUUAUUUUUACUUGCCGAGGCAGUAAAUAUGAGGCAUAGCUUGAUCUGUCUACAUACUGUAUUAUUUGGAUUGACUGAUGUAUUCUCCAUAGCCUUUAGCAACACACAACUGAAUGUGCAAAAUAGAUAUGCACUGAACUAUGGAGAAUGCUUCAGUUAUGAGGAGCAGUAUGGCGGCUCCUACACACAUAUGCAUUUGUGUGCAUGCUGUAAGCUAUUUCCUUAUACUGUAUAAAUACUUUAUAUGUAUAAAUUCAGGGGAAAUAGCAGUGUACAACUUUUUUUUUUGUAUUAUUUUGCAUUUUAUAUUAAAACCCCAUGUAUGAAGAAUACAGUAGGCCAGGUUAUACAGCUGAGUGCUGGCUUUGUUUAGGUUGCUGGACAAUUAAAACUGAGAAACUUGGCUCCUACAGGUAUUAACAAACCAGAUGAAUACAACGGUACUGUGUCAGUAAUCACUGUGAUCCACUUUGUUUCUUUUCCCUUUUUUUUAAUAAAAGAAAGACAUUUA